AUGCCUCCAUGGGCGGCCUCUGUGCCGCGAAUGACUUUCCUUCGCACAGGACGAGCAAUUGAUUCAUUGCGGCUCGCUUUUCUCUGUCGCCAUGCCACCAAACCGCGCUUCGCGAACCUCCGCGCCCGCUCCGCAUCGACACACGUCUCGCCGACAGCAAUAAAUCUGCGCCCGAAUAUCCCGCCACAGAACAAGGAGCUACACGAUACCCUCUCCGCCUUGAGUGGAGCUGCAGAGACUUAUGUCAACAUAAGUAGACUGCAACUGGCGCUCCAAGGGUUGGCUGCGCAAGAUGCUGUCACGAGGGUUGCUGUGCUCGGCCUAGAUAGCCAAGUAAGCGCUCAGCGAUUGGCCCGACUGCUGCUCGCGGAUCCUUUGGGUGCUGAAGAGCAAUGGGAGAAGGAAUUGGAGAAGGCAGGCGAUGGGAACGAGAGAGCUGUGCUGCUAAAGUAUGGAGACGAAUCCGACGCGCUCGCGCCGACACCGCUUUACAAAGUUCUUUCCAUACCCUCACGAGUCCUGCGGUCACACAACCUCGAGAUAUUGGUCUCGACGCUGAACGUCAACGUUUCGAACAAGGUCGCUUCAGCCUCGACCGAGAGCUCAACCGAGUCUAUCCUAGUCCCAAAACUUCAGGCUACUUCUGCCCGAGGACUGCCUGUGCCCUACCCAGUGCAUAAGACAUUGAUAGUAGGCGAAGGGCUGGAUAGUGCGAUAUUAUUCGGCAGAUUUUCAUCGGAUACCGCUGAGGAGGUCGGGAAUAUGGUCAAGGUGGCUGUAGAACUCCCAGCGCCACAAGAAGAGCCAAACCCAGAGGUGCAGACUGGAAGCGUAGCGAUCAACGUCCAAGUCGGCAUCCAAGCACUCGCGAGUUUCCGCGAGUCGAUCCAAAACUCUGUCGCGUACGAGCGAGGCUGGUUCCGAAGCGGCCUCCCAGCACUCUCGCAUUGGCUCACCCAAGAUCUCCAACCCUCAGAAUCUGUCAAACCUACUUUGAAGACGCUGGUAGCAUCAAUCGCUGACGAGGUCGAAGCCGACAUCGCACAAGCCGACUCAGCACAGCUACAGAAGCUCGCCUCAAUACCCACCAACCACGAAGUUGCAGCAUCGAUAGUCGGCCAUCUCGAGUCCUGGGCCGAGAAAUCGCACACCGAGCUUCGUGAUCAGCUCGACGAAGCUUUCUCAGCUCAGAAUUGGCAUAAACUAAGUUGGUGGAAGCUCUUCUGGCGCGUCGACGACAUCACAAUGAUCAGCUCCGAAAUCUUAGAGCGGCGGUGGCUCGUCAGCGCAGAGAAAUCGAGCAUCUACUUGGCAGGCCGAAUGAACCAAGUCGGUUUCCCCGAGGACAUCCAAAGGCAUGCUGUCAACGAGAUCCCUGAAGUAACGAUGCAGGACACAGCACCCACAGCAGAAAAUCCACGCACGGAUCUGAGCACCGAAGUGCGAAAACCGCAGCCCUGGCCCGAACACAUUGCGACCGCUCGCACGGAACUCAUCGCUGACACCGUUCCACCCCUACAAGCCCUCGCGCAACGCCUCAUCCUCCAAACUUUUAGCACAACGUCACUAUCCUCCGCUCUAUCAGCUCUCCUCUACGUCUCCGUAUCCUCAAUCUCGCUGUUCGAAGCAUCUGCCGUUGCCGCACUAGGCUUGACUUUCUCGCUUAGGAAAAUGCAGAAGCUAUGGGAGGGCGCGAGGGAAAGUUGGCAGGGCACAGUACGAGAAGAGGGGAGAAGAACGCUAAAGAGUACGGAAGAGCUUGUGCGACGAAUCAUAAGCAGUCAAGGGAAAGAGACAUUGAUUGAAGCUGAGGGCGCGGCAGAGAGGAGGGACGCGAGGGAAGCUGUGCAGAAGGUUAGGGAUGCGCUUGAUAGGAUCGGCAAGCAGAAGUUGGACGCGAGGGAGCAUGUAAGAUAAAUCUGUAUGUUCACUGCUGUAUGCUAGCAACUGUCUCUGUUUUCGAGUGAGCUUCGUAUAUCGUGAGAUGUUUGAAUACUCAUGGAUACACUGUUCCAACAUUUCUUCUUGCCCACGCGUACAUGCUAUAGAACUUUACAGACGGGCGAUGAGUGUAGCGAGAAAGUGUUAGGUUGAGUUGUACUGUAAUGAGACGCUGCAAUGUAAGCACUGCACUGCACCUAAAAAUGGCUGCCGUGCGUGCCGUGAGCAGUGCUCAUCGUGUUACUGUGCUCUUUACUGUUUCAUUACACGCUUAUACAAUCCUGAACGUCUGAACUUGAGAGUACAUCAUCCAGUCGAUUGUCCCAUGGCCAG